ACCCUUCUCCCAAACUCAAAGUCCCUCAUCUCUUUCAAUCAAAUAGGAUCGUUGCAUUUUCUGCCCCUAAAUUGAAUGACCAAAUUGCUUCCAAGUCAACCAACCAAAUUCCAGAUCUCCAGCAUGAGCCUCAAACCCGUUAGAUGAUGAUGAUAGUGGAUCAAACUUUCUAACUUGAGGACUGAGGUAGAAUAGAGGAAGAAGGACCAGGAAAAGAACUGGUUGUCGGAAUAGUAAAGGCAGUGGAGGAAUAGAGAAGAAUAGUGUGAUUAAGAAAGUAGUCAAAGACAGCAACAUAGUGGAUUUUUCUGCAAUUGUGGAACGGAAAUUGCUAUCAAGGAAUGUUGGAGCAGCAAUAGAGAAGAGGUGAAUGAGACGAGCUUUGGGAUGAACUGCUGUCUCUCAGACAAUGAAGCAGUGGUGAUCCAGGAUAUGCUAGUUGAUAAGCUCGAGAAGAAGAAUAGUGGAGGCAAUAAAAAACGAUCAGCUGUGGGAACAGAGCGACGUCGAAGGAACUACCUUGAGAGGACACAAGAUAUAGGCAGCACGUGGAACUGGAGGGGUUACUCUAUCCGGUAUCAGUGUGCUGGGAACGAUGGCCCUGCACUGGUUUUAGUGCACGGUUUUGGAGCAAACAGUAACCAUUGGAGGAAGAAUAUACCAGUUCUUGCAAAAUCCAACCGGGUAUACGCUAUAGAUCUUAUUGGAUAUGGAUAUUCAGACAAACCGAAUCCUCGCCAAAUUGGAGAUGAUUCAUUUUACACUUUUGACACAUGGGCUGCCCAGUUAAAUGAUUUUUGUCUUGAUGUCGUUAAAGAUCAAGCAUUCUUUGUAUGCAAUUCUAUUGGAGGAGUUGUUGGUCUUCAGGCAGCUGUAGUUGCACCACAGAUGUGCAGGGGCAUUAUUAUUCUCAAUAUAUCACUGCGUAUGCUUCAUAUAAAAAAGCAGCCAUGGUAUGCAAAACCUUUCAUCAGAUCAUUCCAGAGAUUGCUCAGGGAUACAGCUGUAGGAAAAUUCUUCUUUAAAGCUGUUGCGACAAAAGAAUCUGUAAGGAACAUUCUUUGUCAGUGCUAUCAUGACACCUCCAUGGUGACUGACGAGCUAGUGGAGAUCAUACUCAAUCCAGGAUUGGAACCUGGAGCCGCGGAGGUCUUUCUCGAGUUCAUUUGUUACUCAGGUGGCCCUCUUCCUGAAGAGCUACUACCCCAAGUAACGUGCCCGGUAUUGAUAGCAUGGGGUGACAAGGAUCCUUGGGAACCAAUUGAGCUUGGUAGAAACUACGGAAAAUUUGAUUCUGUAGAAGACUUUGUUGUCCUCCCAAAUGUUGGACAUUGCCCCCAGGAUGAAGCCCCUCAUCUUGUGAAUCCACUUGUUGAGUCAUUUGUGGCGUGCCAUGCUAAAUCUUACGUCCAGCAGCCCAGCAGUUAGUUAAACCAGGUUGUUGAUGCUGUUUGUUUUCAUGGGAAUUGUGUUCAUUUUCAUCCAUCUGAUUCCAUUAGGAUCAUAUUUGAUUUAUUGUUAAAUAUAAGUAUGACGUCCUUGUAUAUAUGGUAUUCAGUAUUUGACUAUUACAAGUUGUUCAUAAAUGUGAGAAAAAUUAUACCACGUAAAAAAAUAUCCAUUCA